GUUCAGGGAGUGGCCCCGGGACAGGAUCAGGAAGGAGGUGGGGCUCGGGGUGGGACCCAGAGCAGCAGAGUGGGGGAAGGGCUCGGGCCCGGGGAGCGUCCCCGCUACCCCUCGGUUCCUGGCAAGGCCUCCUAGGGGGGCAUUCCUAGCCAGCGUGGCGGCAAGAUUAAUGAACCCUUCUCUCCGCCGGGUGGGGCCCCGCAAUGCGUUUCCAGCCCAGGUCUGAGAGCCGGCCGUGGGGCGCACACUGCGGGCGGACCGCCCCACGCCCUCCGGCUCCCGGGAGCGCAGCCCGCGGUCGCGCGCCCCAGCCCAGCUCCGCGGUGGCGGCCGGCAGAGAGAGCUUUGUGACGUCAGGCGGCGUCACGCGGGGCUGACCCGGCGGCGGCGGCGGCGGCGGCGGCGGUGGCGGGCGGGGGCGGCCUCCGGAGGCGGCGGGAGCAUGGAGCCGCGGGCCGGCUGCCGGUUGCCGGUGCGGGUGGAACAGGUCGUCAACGGCGCGCUGGUGGUCUCCGUGAGCUGUGGCGAGCGCAGCUUCGCCGGGAUCCUGCUGGACUGCACGAAAAAGUCUGGCCUCUUCGGCCUGUCUCCGUCCACUCUGCUGCCUGUGGCUGACAACCCCUCUGUUAUCAGCUGUCAUGGCCAGGUUCCUGAGGAGGGAACCGGAGAAGUGAUGCAGCUGGAAGCAGGACCUCUGCCUCCUCACCACAAAGACCCUGAGAAGGAUCAGCCUCCCAAGACAGAUGGACCUGAGCUGCCUCCACCUCUUAUACCACCUCUGCCUGCUGGGAAGCUGCCUCCCUUUCCACCUUACUUUGAGGGUGCUCCCUUCCCCCACCCGCUAUGGCUGAGGAACACCUACCAGCAGUGGGUGCCGCAGCCCCCACCCAGGACCAUCAAGCGGACCCGUCGGCGACUGUCCCGAAACCGGGAUCCUGGCAGACUCAUUCUUAGCACAAUCCGCUUGAGACCUCGCCAAGUACUGUGUGAGAAAUGCAAGAGUACUGUGAGUCCUCAGGAGGCCAGGCCUGGUCCCCUGAACACCCCCAAACCCCGCCGGAGGCAAGGCAGUGGCCCUGACAGUGAGCACCGCAAGCCAGAGGAACCAGAGGACAGCAACUCCAUAGCUGCGGCCACCCCAAGGAGGAGCAAAAGGGAGAAGCGGGAAGAGGACAAGGUCCCUGGAGAGCAUGUUCCACGCAGCCCAGUCAUCAAGAUCUCCUACAGCACGCCACAGGGCAAGGGUGAGGUGGUCAAGAUUCCAUCCAGAGUGCAUGGCUCCGUGGAGCCCUUCUGCCCCCAACAGUCUCUACAGAAUGGCAGCCAGGACUCAGAGGUAGUGAGGGAUGUGGAGCCCAGGGGUGGUGGAGACCGACCACCCAGUGGGCCUUCAGCCUCCAUUCCCAAGCUGAAGCUGACUCGUCCAGUGCCUCCUAUCUCAGACCUGCCCCCUCCCAAAAUCCGCCUGAAGCCCCACCGGCUGGGGGAUGGGGAGCAUGAGCCUCUGUACAGAGCUGAGCUCGUAGAGGAGCUGAAUGGAUGCCCACGAGGCCCCCUGGCCAGCUCUCCAGCUCUCUUUACUGAUGGCUCUACCCAUGGGCUGGAGGACUUGUCUUCCGGAAGUUCCGGUGAGGACGACGACCUCAAGAGGUUUCCCCAAGGUAAACAUGGUUUGGCUUUUGUCGACUGCCCUGGCAGGAAAGCAGACUGUACCAGUGAAUCUGUGUGCAGCACCGACAGCCUGGAUGAAUUGAAAUCGUCUGGUUCAGAAGUGACAUCUCCAGACACGGGAGACCUGUCAUCUGGCGACAGUGCCUCUGUACCGUCUGCUGACACUCGCCAGACAGUCCCUCCCCUCACGGUCAGGCUGCACACGCAGAGCGUCUCACAGUGUGUGACUGAAGAUGGAAGGACGGUGGCUGUAGGGGACGUUGUGUGGGGUAAGAUUCAUGGUUUUCCUUGGUGGCCAGCGCGUGUCCUUGACAUCAGCCUUGGCCAGAAGGAGGAUGGAGAGCCCUCUUGGCAAGAAGCAAAAGUCUCAUGGUUUGGGUCUCCAACUACAUCAUUCUUGUCUAUUUCAAAACUGUCCCCUUUCUCUGAAUUUUUCAAACUGAGAUUUAACCGUAAGAAGAAGGGGAUGUAUCGGAAAGCUAUAACUGAGGCUGCAAAUGCCACACAACAUGUGGCCCCAGAAAUAAGGGAGCUCUUGACCCAGUUUGAAAUGUAACUUUGGUUCCAGGUCACCGACAGUGAGGGUGCAGCUGCUGUCCUGGAACUUCUGACUUCUGUUCAAGGGGUCCAUGUGCCCCUGGCUGUCUGUGUGCAGAAACAUGCUGGGCACAGUGGUCGGCAUGACUCCAGGUCCCCAGAGAAGCAGGUGUGCAUGGGAAGGGGCCAAGCUCAGGACACCUGACUCCCCUUGGCGAAUGUAUCUGUCCCCGUGAUUCAGGCUUCGGCAUUCUGUGCUGAGGAGUGUCCUGGAGCUUGGUGACAUGUUUGCCGCUUUGUGUACUAGCAGCUGCAAGGCUUAGGCAUCCUGAAACAGAAGCAGGGACUUCUGCCCAGCCUGUGAGGCUGCUGGUGUGGGUGCCAGGCCUCCCUACGGGGCACCUUCCUCGGUCUGGCCUGGGCUAUUCAGCUAGAGCCACCCUGCAGGCUUGAGGAAACCAAAUUGCACGUAUGGGGUUCUCCUUCUCCAGCCCUUGGGUGUAGGGUCUCUGUGCACUUGAGCCAGGAAUCUGGUUGCACCUCCUCCACAUUCCACUCAAAGCAUGGGUCCUUGGGCUCCCAGCCCUGGCCUGCAAGUGCAAGGCCGCCUUGAUCUGAGAUGCUGCUAAGUCACCAGUACUGUGAGGGGGAGGGGGAGGGCAGAACUGAAAACAGGCCUCAGGUUAAGAGAUACACAGGGCUCUGCCCUGUGAGGCCACAUUCCUUUCUCCUCUGUCACUUUCAAGACCAAAAAGAAAACAGAAAGAAAAGAAAACUGUCUCUGUGCUUUUGUUUAAGCAUGAAGAGGACUAAAUGGAGUCUAUGCGUUGAGGCUCUUCCCUGAAGAGCCUCAGAGCUGCACCUGCCUGAC